AUGGCUGCAACAUGUGUCAAUGGAAAUGAUGGUUUUUACCCAUAUGCCUUUUCUAUUGUUUUAUCUGAAAACAAAUACAAUUGGUUUUGGUUUCUGGAUAAUCUUCAACAAGUGGUCGAUGAUCGUCCGAUUGUUUUACUUAGUGAUCGUCACGAAGGACUUCUGCAUGGCAUUCCAAGAGCAUUUCCUGGUUCAUAUCACAGCUAUUGCUUUUACCACAUCAAGCGCAAUCUCCCUAUUGGAAGAGGUGAUGCGAAUUACAAUGUCGUUAUUGAUUUGUUUUACAAAGCUGCUUAUUCUUACACAGCAGCGACUUUGAAGAAGCUUUGCGGGGCAUGCAUAUAUGCUGCCCACUCUUCAUCUAUUGUCGAGUCAUUCAAUAACUGGAUUCUUGAGUUCAAAAAGCUGCUUGCUUUUGCUCUUCUCGAUGCGAUACAUUUGAAGGUUAUGCAGAUGAAUUCUAAGAGAAGGGUAGAAGGUCUUGAAAAUUUUAACACUAGGUUCACUCCCGUAUACGAGGAUUUACUAAACGAGAACAUCAACAUUGGUCGUACUUGGACUGUUUUUGAGUCUAUGGAAAGAUUGUAUGAAGUCAGGUGGCAAGUAAAUGGUUUUCCCUGCGCACAUGCUUGUGCUUCCAUUCAAUCUACAAGGGAGGACAUCUAUUCAUUUGUUGAGCCAUACUUCACCACUGAAUGGUACAACAGGACAUACCAAGAGACCAUCUUGCCAAUCCCCAAUUAUGACAAGCCGCAAUCUUAUGAUCCUAGUGAUAGGAUUAUUGUUCCUAUUCCUGUGCCUCCACCUGGUAGACGAAGAGAACAACAUUUCAAGAAGGCUUGGGAGAAGCAAAAGAGGCCUAUGAUGUGUACAAAGUGCUUCACUCUUGGUCACCACAACAGAGCUACCUGCCCCAUGCCUUGA